AGAUCUCAAAGAAGAUUGUUCAGGAAAAUGUUAUUAAUACGUGGCCGUAUUUUAUGGAUCGCUCCCGCUCCCGGAGAAAAUACACUGCCUUUGCUCCUCUCCUCUAGGGCAUAACCGCAAGCGGCCAUCGCUCGCGAUCGCCGUCGUCGCCCUUCCUGGGGUUUAUUUGGACGCGCGCGGGUCGUAUCCGUCGGAAAUUAGCUAGGAUUUUUCACCGAGCGAACGACGUCGUCAUUUUCUUCUUCUCCGGUAAUUUUCCUCUAACUCUCGUCUCUUUAAGGUCUGGAUCUGUCCUUCUUCUUGGGCAAUUUAUGAAUUAGUUCUUACAGCUUCUCUUCACAGCUGUUAUUAGAUUUUCUCAGCAUCAAAUGCCACUAAUUGUUCAUAUGGUAUUCCGACGAUGAACAAAAUCUCUGGCCGAUAAUUUUCACUUUUCACAACUAUUUACUGUUUUAUUACAAGAGAGAAACCCAAAUCCGUUCCUUUUUUCGAUGGAUGAAUCCGAGUUUUGACGAAAUUCAUAUCCCGAUUUCGUAAAAGUCAUAAACACAAUGAAGAGCACAGCAACAAGAUAGAUGUCGGUCGGUUGGAUAGCAGGAAGCGGAUGUGGCGCCAUGGAGAUUGGAAGAAGCCGCGACAGGAUCAGUGAAUUGCCUGAUGCCAUUCUGCACCACAUAUUCUCGUUCCUCCCCACCCGACAACUUGUGGAGGCGAGCAUCCUGUCAAAGAGGUGGACGCACCUGUGGGCGUCGGCUCCUAGCCUGUCAUUCUCCUCUGAUGACUUCGAUUCCACCGCGGAUGGUAGACGGAGGUUCCCGAACUUUAUCGACACUGUCCUCCUCCUCCGCGAUGCGUCGGACAUCUCCACGUUCCGCCUUCAAUGGCUGGGGGAAGGGAAAGAUUUGGAGCAAGCUGACCGAUGGCUACGUUUUGUGGUGAAACGUAACGUUAAAUGUCUCGAGCUUCAAAUGCAUCUGUACAUAGAUGAGAGCUUGCCGAGCUGUAUCUUCAGUUGCCAGUCACUGCAGGUGCUGAAGCUGGAAGCUAUGUGUGGUUUCAUCGGUUUGCCUGGUUCGGUAUCCCUCCCUAAGCUCAAGAGGUUGGAGGUCUCAUAUGCCGAAUUCCUGGAUGACUCAUUAAAGGAGCUCCUCUCUGGAUGCCCUCUCCUCGAAGUUUUAUCCUUCGAGCAUUGUUAUUUCACUAGUUUAGAGAUUUGUUCCCAUGCACUUAAGAGAUUAGAACUAUAUGUACCUGACGAUGCUGAGGCCGUGGUUCGGAUUUCUGCUCCAAGACUGCUGUCCUUUGCCUACUGGGGCAUGGUGUUUCAAGAACUUACUCUAAUGAACUUGUCUUCUUUGACGUAUGCUUCUAUCUGCCUUUUUUCUAAUUCAUCGAAUGAUGAUGAUGCUGGGGAUAUGGAUCGCUAUAGAAGAAUAAGUAACUUGCUUGCAGGACUUCAUAAUGUUGAGUCUCUGGAAUUCUUGUCUGUUGCCUUCAAGUUUCUCCUGCAAAGAAGAGAUCGUUCGCAGAGUCUUCCCAUAUUUCGCAAACUUAAGCAUCUGAGAGCAGGCACUUCACUUGACAGAGAUGGCAUUGCAGCGAUAACUAGCCUGCUUCAGCGCUCGCCCAAUCUGGAAUCUCUGGUGAUUGAUCAAUAUGAGGUGCCAAAUAAUUUAUGCAUGGAAGGAGGAUCCAUGGCCCCUAUGCCAGAUUCGGCUCGUCUAUGUCACCUUAGGGUGGUUGAGAUCAGUAACUUUGGUGCAACUGAAAAUGAACUCAGUUUUGUGAAAUUAUUGUCUAGUAACGUAUUUUCAGCAGAAAAAGUUACUCUAGUUCCAUCAAAGAAGACUGGAGAAUCAGGAGACAAUGCGAGCAGAUGGAAGCAGUAAUGUGAAUAUUCAGCAUGAAGAGAUCCAAAGACCACUAACAUCUUCUAUCCUCCUACAUGCUUGUCUUCAAUAAUCUGCUUUUACUUUUAGCAGGAAUUUUUGUAAUUAUAUCUUACUUGAGAAGUAGUGUUUUUGCCUCUUGGGUGCUGCUUUAAAAUAGCAGAAACAUUAGCAAAAGAUAAAUUGCAGAUAUGUAAUCUGGCCCUUUGUUCUUUGAUAAGCCUUCCCUUUGAAUAUUUCACAAAAGGUAUGAUCCUAAUAAUUGCAAAAGAAUUUUUUAUCUA